AUGGCCCGGUCAGAAAUGUUCGAUCCUAGCGCACCAGGUGUUACGAAGCAAAUGAUGUUAGAUUGGUUACAAAUCAAUCAUCCCAUGUCUGUAGUCUCGUCACAUACCGUCAAGAGUGGUGUCGCCGAGAUAGUGCGGAAGAAACAGCCCGAGUUUUUCCCGAACCCAAUGAGCGACGCGCCAGGACUAAUGCCAGACACUUCCAACCCGGUCAGCGAAUUUCAAGUCGAUAUGCCUGUGUCCACGGUUUACCCUUCAUCAUCUGAUUCCCCCCACCUGGCAAUCACACCCGAGGAACCAGUCAAUCAACGUGACUUCCCCACCUCAAGUGUACCUUUGAAAGCCUCUGUCACGCAAUUGGGACCCCCAAUCUCCAGCGCGAAACCCUUGAAGCGUGCCACCUUUGCUCUGCCCGUUAAUUUGCCUCAAGAGCUCUUGCGGUCAUCAACAUCAUCAGAAGGGCAACUCAAGCGACCUGGUUCCCCCACUCCAAACGGACAGGUUUCUAAACGUGCUAACCUGGAUAAUGUAGGACUGUCGCAAUCUCGAAGUAAACCUGUGAAGAAAGAGAAGAAGCGGGUAGCAAAGAGCUAUCCUGUCUUAGGUUCGAGCAAGCCAUCACAUCAGAUACCGCACAAGUCGACAACAGGUUUGUACGACUCGUGUACCGACUUAUUGGACACUGUCAACAAGGAAGAUCUCAAAGCCUUGCGAUCUUAUGAAGUAGAACAUAUGAAAUCAUCAAGCACUUCGACUGGCAUUCAAUCCAGCUCGAAAAUGAUGGAAAGCAAUGGGCUCAUCAAUACUCCAGACACUCCUGAAAUGCGGGACCUCAUCGAUCUCUCAGGUGUCGAUUGGCUUGGUGUCGAAGAUCUAGCAGCAAUCACGGAGGACAAACAAAAGCACAGAAUAACUGCAUCAACAAUCAAGUCUGGCGUGGAUGUAUUCCACGAAGAAAGACGUCGAGCAGAGAUAGCAGUUUCUGGUCUUCAGGACUCCGUGUCUCAGCUGUUGAAAAGGAUGGAUGCUGUGGAGCAAACAUCAGUUGCUAGCAUCAUUCAAAAUGAACGACAAAGAUACGAGCAAGAUCGUGCACUCGAGGAAGCCACGCGUCGUCUUGACAAUCAAGCCAAAUGUAUUGAUGAUCUCAAGGAUACCGUCUCCGGCUUGAAAGAGCAGCUGCAUCUUCUGCAGCGCCAAUGCGACAAAUACGAACAAGACAUUCAAACACAGGAACGAUGUAUUGUGCGGCUGAUGCAGCAUGACGUGGGUGAAGCGGAUUCAGACGGAGGUGAAGAGGAUUCAGACGGAGAAGUCGGCAACAAUGAACCUGGAGUUGACAGUCAAUCUGACUAUAGUGUUUGA